UUUUCGAGGCCGUCCUACCGAGCACUACCCAUCCAUCUUUACUCCCCUUCUCUUCUUAACCGCAUCAAGCUAGGGCAGCGUCACCAGUAUGGCUCACCUUCGCAGCUCCUCCUACUACCAGGACAGCCAUGAUGAUUAUGGAUCCAGCUCCAGCUCGCAUCGCCAACCAUAUCACUCCCUCCACGCCCCCAAGCAAGAGCGCCGUGGCCGCCCGGCUUACACCACCGUUCGGCCUUUCAUCAUCAACAGCCGCAACAACCCUAUUGCCCGCCCCCAUGACACCAUCAGCCAUGACCUCAACCGGCAAGUGGGAAGCUAUGUAGCAAACCGCCUCGUUCCCACCAUGCUCAGGAGCUCCGACCGCCCGGUUGAGGUGUUCAUGAACUUCGGUGAUGCAAAGCUCUCUCUGCCAGACCACGACGACCACAUUCGGGAGCCCAGGUCAGGAGCUUCUUCUCGUGGCCCAAAUUCCAUCAUUUUCAAUGCCCCAGGUUGUAGUCUGACCAUAGACGGACGAAGGUGCGACCGAUAUUGUCAUCGCUGCGACCCUCUAGACCGUGAGCACCAUGAUCGGGACCGGCAUCAUCACCUUCGCCGACGAAACAUGGAAUUGGAUCAUGAACUCGACGACCGGCAUCACCACCUUCGCCGUGAUAACAACGGUCGCAGCCGCUCCCACGUCCGCAUUACCUCCCACUCUGGAAAUCCCUCACCAUCUCCUCUUCCUCCACCCAAUCGGGACCAACACUAUCACCUUGACAGGGGACUGGACCUCAACCACGGCGGCGGGCAUCACGACCGUCACCCUCACUCGCGCUCCCACAUCCGUGUUGUUUCCCACUCCCGCAACCCCUCACCGUCUCCCCUUCCUUUACCCGGUCUCUUCCCCAUCGCAACAGCCGUAGAGAAAGCCAGUCACUCAACCCGCGGCGGCCGUGGACAUGGAAAUGGAAUAUCGCAUGCCCUCUGCCCGGGUUGUCUCAUCAAGACCACCGUCUACAAAGACGGUUACUGCGCCGAUUGCCAUCCGCCCACCUACACUCCCAACUCAAGGCGAGUGGAAACAGCCCCAAUCUCUGGUGAACGAGGUCAUGGAACCAGAGUGAGAUAUACCAGGGAUCAGGUCACCGGGGAUGGAAGCUCGAGCGAGGACGGGUGGGCGAGUGUGGAGGUUGCUUCGAGGGCCAUUGACAUGGAACGGGGGACGAACAGAGGAAGGGAUAGGGGAGGGGUGUACGAUGUUAUUACUAAUGGCGGAGGAUAUGGUCGGUCAGGCAGGAGAACAAGCAGGAGGUUGAAGCCGAGGUAUUCGGGGUAUGCUAGCGAGUCGGAUUUGUGAUUGUGAGGUGUCUCGUUGGUUGUCGUGUUGAUGGUGGUUCGUUAAAAUAAG